AGAAUUAAAAGAACAAGAGCCCCUCGAUGUUGCCCCUUAAUGUUUUAAAGACCCUUCUAGCACCGAUUAAAAAAAACCAUUGACAGAAGUCGGGAAAAGUUUUUGUCUGAGUGCGCCGCCUCUUCAAUUAUUGAUUUUGGGUUGGACAAAUGUCUCAUAGUCCAAAGAAAAUUGUGGUCUUGCUGUAAAACACGCACGUAAUAUGCUGUAAAUAUUUCUUAAACCCAAUACUCUUUGUCAAAAGUUACCACCAUCCUUUAACAACCCUAGUUCCUAUUUUAAGUAUGUUUUCAGUGUUUCUUGACUAUUGAUUCUUAUUUAAUGUAAUAAUUAUAAGUGUCAGUGACUGUUAAAAUGUUGUUAUUGGUUUGAUAAUUAUUUUUUUGUUUUUCAAAUACUCAGUUGGAUUCUAAUGGAUUUUAUUUAGUUUAUUGGGAUUGUGAUAAAGCCAGAUACUGCUCAGAGUUUACCGGAAGAUUAUGGCAAUUAAAUUUAUAUGUUUGAAAUAUUAGAAAUGAACAGUUUGACUCUAGCAUUAGAUAAAAUUGAUGUAUCUGAGAACACUGAACAAAUUAGUAAAUUAUUUCCAAAGUGCAGACCAAGAAGUGAUAUUAACCUAAAUCCAAUUGUUGCCUCUGGGAGAGACCAUGAAUGUAUUGAGAAUACAACAAAUACUAUCAUGAGUGUAGACAGUGAAAAUGAUAGAUGGAUAGCUGAUAGUUCCUGUAACAUCAAUAGAGAUAGUUUAGGUCAGCUCCAACUAACAGAUGAUGACGAGAUUAUUAUUGAACACAAACACACAGGAGGAGCCUAUAAAUUACGUGAUUCUAGGAUUAUCGAAAUUGCUGGCGGUCGAGAGAUAUAUUCCCAGAGUAGAAGUAAAGCUCUUAGAAAAUCUCGCAAUUCUCUAGUGGGAGAAGAUGGGGAAAAAAAGAACCAGAAAUCGCCUAUGAGGCAAGGUGUAUGGGAGCUACGUGCCCGAGGGGAGACGAAGAAGGCACAGAAUUCCCGCAACUAUACCGAGACCGUAUUUUCUUCAGAAGUAUGUUCAGUGGCUCACGAGAAGAAUACUGAAGGUGCUUUGGACAAAUCUAGUUCAAUAAAUAUGACAUUUCCUGGUGAAGUGGUAGUUUUUGACGAUAUAGGUGAAACAUGGCAUAAUGAAGAAAAUAAGAGUAUUCAAACCGAACACUCGCACACUGCCACAAAAACUUUCAAUACAAGCGAUACUGAAAGUGAAAAAGUUACCAAAGUUAUUGGAAAUUUGCCCAUUGCCGUCUACGAAGGCUCGCCUAGACGAUAUGGGCAAAGGCAUUCCGAUACGAACUAUUCACACCCCCAGCUUCCUAGUGCACAAAGUUUAUUGGCUUCUCCUAGUGUUUAUCCACCUCGACCAGGCUUUCCACAACGAGUCGUCAACACACCCAGCCCCGUAGAAAAGGAUUUGAAUUUAAACAUUGAACACAAUUCUACUAAUAAGAAACCCAUAUCUCCAAAUGCAACAACGUCUACGUUCGAUUAUUUAUACGAAUUUUCGGAAACUAGAAAAGUGUUGGAAGAAUUUUUCAAGUGUCCUCCAACAGAUGAAGAAAAUCGACUGGAAGUAGAAUUUCAAGAUUUAGAAUAUGAAUUACGUAGGCAAGCUAGUGAAUCUGGGAAUUCGUAUGUUGGUCAAAGGUUAGCAAAGAAUUUACCAGGAGAAAAUGAUUUUUGUGUUCGAAUAGACUCCCCUAGGAAAUGUAUAAAUAAUAGUAAUAUUUCUAAUAUACAGGAUCAAGAUAUAACAGAGCGUGAGAACAAUUUUUUAGACUUAUCCAUUGGGACAGGAUCUAGUGGUGAUUUAGGUGAAACUGAAGUAGGUUUACAAGUAGGACAUAGUAGGAAUUUUACCCUCUCUCCUGAAACUACAGAAUGUGACUCCAAUUGUGGAGAUUUAGAUAGCGAAGCAUCUUUAAUGUUAAUGGAAAAUGAAAUGGGACCGUCUGGUGGACUGUUAGGAUCAAAUACAGAUUUAGUUAUCCCUAGUGAUUCUUUACGCUUAUACUCUAGUAUGCCAGUGUUAGAAGAUGGUUUAUCCUCCGGACACGCAAGUGAUACCGAUAAUAAUAACCCAACAGUAAUGCUUAUGAAACGACAAAUAACGGAAAUAGAAAGAGAAAUUCAUCAAGGAAUUUGUAAGUCGAAUUCAACAAAGAUCAAUGAAAAUGGUCUUUCGCCUAAAAACGAAGUACGUAAUUCGUCUCCUAUUGAUAUCAAUGGUUGUGUUAGUAGUUUUGAAGAACCUAUGACUAUUUCUCAAACAGACUCACUCGAAAAAACUCCCCCUCCUCCAGCUCCUGCACCACACCGUUUACUGCAGGGAGAAAAGACGAGUGAUGUCGAAGCAGCUUUAAAAGAUAUUAGAUUAACUUUACAAAGAACUAAGACGUUGCCGUUACAACGUCAUCCUGAAGAAGAUUGCGAAGAAAACGCAGCUAGUCCAAUAUGGGUCCCAAGUCAUUUCAGGCAACGGGGGCUUUCAACUACGAGUGGGGAUUCGGAGCGCAAAGUUAAUAGCGGGGGAGAAGAAGAAGAAAAUGAUACUGAUUUGGAGACGGAUCGACUGUUAGGGCAGCAAAGAACUGAUGACCAGGGUUUUUACGAUGAUAAGGGUUGGAGAAAACCUAAAAGUCGGACUAUAAUGCCUUCGUUAAAUCUAGCAAAUCCUAAAAUUUUAAAUAGUAUGGAUGAAGGUACCCUUCCUUUAGUCCCUUCUGAAACACAAAUUUCUGAUCCUUCUUCCCCGUCAGCUGUAUCAGAAAAAAGCCAAUCGCCUCAAAUCCAAAAAGGACCCAUAUCUUCAAAUAGAAUUAAAAAGGAUAAAGAAAACAAAAAGAAAGGCAGGAAUAAAGAAGAUGUGAUUCAACGUUCAGUGUUGAUAGAGGGUGUCCUAUUUCGAGCGAGAUAUUUGGGGUCUACUCAACUAGUAUGCGAAGGACAGCCUACGAAGACCACAAGAAUGAUGCAGGCUGAAGAGGCGGUCUCUAGAAUAAAGGCACCAGAUGGAGAAAGUCAGCCUAGUACAGAAGUUGAUUUGUUUAUUUCUACAGAGAAGAUUAUGGUACUCAAUACAGAUUUAAAAGAAAUAAUGAUGGACCACGCUUUGAGAACUAUUUCCUACAUAGCAGAUAUUGGUGACCUAGUGGUGUUAAUGGCAAGAAGGCGGUUCGUGCCUCAUGAAAUGGAAGACGCUCCAAAGAUAAACCGGACUCCAAAGAUGAUUUGCCAUGUUUUCGAAAGCGAAGAGGCUCAAUUUAUUGCUCAGUCCAUUGGACAAGCAUUUCAGGUAGCUUAUAUGGAAUUUUUAAAGGCGAACGGAAUUGAAGAUCAUAGUUUUGUUAAAGAAAUGGAUUACCAAGAAGUUUUGAAUUCGCAAGAAAUUUUUGGUGAUGAGUUGCAGAUGUUCGCCAAAAAAGAAAUGCAAAAAGAGGUUGUGGUACCGAAAGCAAAAGGCGAAAUUUUAGGGGUAGUUAUCGUUGAAUCUGGGUGGGGAUCGAUGUUACCAACGGUGGUAAUAGCAAAUUUGGCUCCUGCUGGCGCUGCUGCUCGAUGUGGUCAGUUGAAUAUUGGCGAUCAAAUCAUAGCGAUCAAUGGGGUCAGCUUGGUAGGACUUCCAUUAUCCACAUGCCAAACGUACAUAAAAAAUUCCAAAAAUCAAACUGUAGUUAAGUUAACUGUAGUACCUUGUGCACCCGUUGUUGAAGUAAAAAUUAAGCGACCAGAUACUAAAUAUCAACUUGGCUUCAGUGUACAAAAUGGAGUGAUUUGCAGUUUACUUCGAGGAGGAAUAGCAGAGCGGGGAGGAGUGAGGGUGGGGCACAGGAUAAUUGAAAUCAAUAAUCAGAGUGUUGUGGCUGUACCUCAUGAAAAAAUUGUAAAUUUGUUGGCCACUUCAGUAGGCGAAAUUCUCAUGAAAACAAUGCCGACUUCCAUGUUUCGUUUGCUUACUGGACAAGAAAAUCCUGUCUACAUUUAAGUUGAUAUUAACCGAGGUUCGAAAGUGCCUACUUGUAGUUGAUAUUGAACUGUCCUUGGGAAUUGUUUUGAUUUUGAUCGUGCUUGAAUCGCAGAUCAAUAUAUUUUUUAUUUUUAGAAUAAGUUCAACAGACUGAAGACAAUACAAGCAAAGAACUGCGCUCUGCACAAAUCUUUUUGCGCUGAGCUUUCGUGAUAGACCAUAUCUCCGCUUUGUCGCGUAUUAGUUCCAUCUUUUAAGCUAAAUCAAAUGAAAAAUCAUAUUGUCGUAGACUUAUUGUUGACGUUGUAAAUUGCUCGGGCGUUUCACGAAUCAACGAGCCAUAUUUCAUGGGUAACAAAUUAUUUUACCUAUUAAUAUUUUAUUAAUAAUGGUAUCUUGAACAUAAUUAAAUCAAAAUAAUAUAUAAAAUUCAUAAAAUAAAUGUGUAAUUAAAUAUUUCCAUGUAAUAUUGCCAACAUGUUUUUUAUCCUUAAAUUCGAUUGAAAGUAUUAGCUAGUAGCUCAUCAAUGUAAUUUUAAGUGUAUUUACCACCCAUAGAGAAAACAUACUUGAGUAAUUCCGUAUCAAUAUCAACAUUAUUUACACUACGGUAUAUUUUUCUGCCCAACGCUUCUGAAAUUACAAUUUUUGUUAUACUUAAACUAUCAAUAUAUUUGUAGUUGAUUAAUUGAUUUCCUUUUUAUGAUUCUGAAACUAUUUUCUUGUGACAUUUUUAUAUUAACUACUAUAUUUACUUAAUGGGAAUAAACCACAAUUUUAUUUAAAUAUAGGUCAUAUUUGACAUUUUCAUGAUGUCUCUGGUAGGGAUGGCGGUUGUUGACAAAACACCGGUUUUCGGUUAUACCGUUUUUUUUUAUCUACGGUUUAACCGGUCAAAAAAACCGGUUACUCCAAAACCCGGUGUUUGGUUUUUUUAGCCAUAGUCAAUACACAGUAGGUUACAUUUACAUUGCGCUUUAGUUUACGUUACUCCAUUCGAAUCGAUAUCAGUCCAUAUCAGUAUAGAAAUCAGUCAUCAGUGAUGUAAAAUCGGUUUCAGUCAGCUUAAAAUUUCUCAUUUAAGCGCGGGUGGUGAAAAAUUUACCCAUUUUUUCUCUGAAUUCGGUCUUUUUUCCACUUAUCCGGGUUUUAACCGGUUAUUACUUUAAUAGGAAAAACCGGUUAUAACCGGCACAAAAAAAAAACAACCGAAAAAACCGAUUAUUGCAUAGGAAAAAACUGGUUUUAGGUUAUAACCGGUAGGAUUUUCCCAUCCCUAGUCUCUGGAGAAUUCAAUAAUUGACACUUUGGGUUUUAUGCCUUUGUCGAAUGGGACGAAUUUUUUUUUCCUCUAUGUCUAUUCGUUAAUGACAAUUUCGACAAUUUCUGGACUAUAUUCAUAUAUAUUUGACCUUUUCUUCGUUAUUAUAUAUUACACUAGGUUGUGUUGUCUUAAAUAACCUUGACUUUGUGAAGUCUAAGUCCACUGUUUGGUUUUGGGGCUAUUUAGCAAAUAAAAAAGUAAGUAAUCAUAACCACAUUUUCUUUUUCUAACAGUCGAAAUUUCACCCAUAUUUUUCAAAUUUAAUUAAGUGGGAUUACUUCCUUCUUUCCAAUUACUUCCAAUAUAAACGUAAAGAAGACAAAGCUUAUGAUCAAGAAAAAGAUAACAGAAGGUCACCUCUACAUCAACCAAACCCCUGUAGAAAGAGUGAGGCACUACAACUACCUCGGCACCAUAAUAAAUGAAGAUUGGACCAAUAACCAAGAGAUAAAAGAGCGCAUCGGAAAGGCUAGAUCAACCUUCAACCGUAUGGGGCCCUUUUUCAAGAGCCACAAUCUUUCUCUUGGUAUAAAAGUAAGAAUGCUGAGAUGCUACGUCUUCUCUGUCCUUUUUUAUGGUGUUGAAUCAUGGACCUUGAACGAAGAUAUGUGCCGAAAAUUGGAAGCAUUUGAGAUGUGGCUAUAUGGGAGAAUUCUUAAAAUCCCAUGCCCUCUUACAAGCCAUCCUGCAAGGAAAAUAUUUGGAAAACGAGGUCCAGGAAGAAGAACAUCGAGGUUAAAUAACCUCAGAACCUAGUUCAACACAACAUCUGUGAAGAUAAAGAUUGCCAUGAUGAUCGCCAACAUUCGUCACGGAUAGGCACAUCAAGAAGAAGACUUCCUUCUUUGUCGGUUCACUGAAGGUGGACUGAUAGGUCUGAAAACGUUUGUUCUGAACACUUACGUAAUCACUGGAUUUUUUAAAUUUUAAUUCCUAAUUAAAAUUAUACCAAUUACAACAGGAGUUUUGCCUUCGAUGUAAAAGUUAUGCAAUAUAUUUUUAAUUAAAAUUGUGAGUUAUUCCCAUUAAAUUAUAGCAAUUAAUACGGUUGACAUUGUCGGGCGUUGAUUGAAUUUAGGACUUAGGAAAAUCGUGAAGCGCCUCAGCUCUACAGAAAUACUUUCCAAUACGCUUAGGUCCUAUUUAACGUUCAUACACUCUUUCAAACACAGUUUGCUCAAAAUAAGCGUUGUGAAUUAAAAAUAAAGCAGUUUGUCUAAUUCAUAUUUUAUUUUUCGAAUGAAACAUGUAGCUCACUAGAUAAAAUGAACUGAACUUUGCUACAAACUAAAGUCAAAUCAUUUUAGGUUGAAAGUUGUGUAUGAAUGUUAUGAUUUUUCCAAGAAAACACUUUUGUUCUAUAAAAUUACAGAUGAAGGUACUAUUUAUCUAGUGUUCAAUCAAAAUAAAUGUUUUCUAAUAGAAUGAGUAAAGCUAUACUAUUAUAAAUAUUGUAUUAGAGAGCGCGACCUCUGAAUACUAAUGGAACACUAAACAUUAUUGUUUGUUGUCCUACGAGGAAGAGGAAAAAGCAUAACUCUUAGAAAGCCAUGGGACAUAUUUCUUCCUAGAUUGUCUUCUUUGAUUCCUUUUUCUGGAUAAAAAUAAUGCAGGUAAAAAGGUUGAAACAUUCUUCUAAAAGAUAUUUUACAUUAAUAAAAACAACACUACCAACUAUUUAUCUUCACAAAAAGUUACAAAAUCAAUAAUACCACUCUAAUAUAUUACAUUUUUUUUUAUUACUGUGUCUCGACUACUUAACGUCAAUACAAUUUACAGUAAUAGGCGAAAUGACCAUCUUAGUGUAAUUUGUCACUCCUUGAUUUAACAUAACAAAUAACCUUUGUUUCUUCUUUUCCCCUCACAUCUAACUGAUAUCUUCAAGUUUUGCAGUGUGAAAGGGAUUUCAAUUUACUUGGUAUUUUCAGUCUUACAAUGUGAAAGGAAUUGUACCCCAUUCCACUGUGUGUUCAUAACCCUAAUUUUUAGUUCCAAGCGACUAUUAGGUCUCAUAGGUUGAAUCGGAGCAGAACCACCAACAACGAAUUAGGUUGGAAAUUGACAUUGGAUCUAUAUGGAUAAUGAUGAUAUUUGGUGUACUGGUGUGUUGGAUAAAGUUCUUGGUUUGUUUGGUUACUCUGGGUUGUUUCAUAAACAUUAUCCAGAAGACUUGAUCUCUUUAAGUGUUACAGUGUGAAAGGAAUUGCACCCCAUUCCACUGUCUUCACUGUUUCUUAUUGAGUUUGACAGUAAUUGUCAACAAACAAUUUACUUGGUAUUUUCAAGUCUUACAGUGUGAAAGGGAUUGCACCCCAUUCCACUGUGUGUUUACAACAAUCAACUAAUUUUUUAGAGGCCUUGAUAGAAUUCUAUUGCUAAUUCUGUGUUCUAUCCUUUAAAUUUACUAUGAUUUCAUAAUUUAAUUAUAUUCGAAUUGAAACUACUUGUCUCUUUGAAGCAGUAACUGUGGGAUAACUGAUCCGUACGAAUAGAUGUAUAGCCGAUUUGGUUGGAAAUUGACAUUGGAUCUACAUGGAUAGUGGUGACAUUUAGUGUUCUGGUUUGUUAGAUAAAGUUCUGGGUUAGUUGCCUUCUUCCUUAUUCUACGAGAUUCAAGGGCAUGCUGAGCAGAUAUUGCAUGGAGUUAGUGUAUAUUCUCUCAUGUUUGAAGUGAGUAGACAUAUUCAAGUUCUUGUUUCUAAAGGAAUAUACGCUUUCUGCCUUUGAAGAAGUAACUCAGGGAUAACUGAUCCGUACGUAUCCAUGUAUAGCCGAUUAGGUUGGGUUGGAAAUUGACAUUGGAUCUACACGGAUAGUGGUGACAUUUGGUGUUCUGGUGUGUUGGAUAAAGUUCUGGGUUAGUUUGGUUACUCAAAGUUGUUUCAUACAAUUAUAACAUCCGAAAGACUUGAUCUCAUUAAGUGUUACAGUGUGAAAGGGAUUGCACCCCAUUCCACUGUCUUCACUGUCUCUUAUUAAGUUUGACAGUAAUUGUCAACAAACAAUUUACUUGGUAUUUUCAAAUCUUACAGUGUGAAAGGGAUUGCACCCCAUUCCACUGUGUCUUCACAACCAUUAACUAAUUUUUUAGAGGCCUUGGUAGAAUUCUAUUGCCAAUUCUAUGUUAUAUCCUUUAAAUUUACUAUGAUUUUAUAAUUUAAAUAUAUUCGAAUUGAAACUUCUUGUCUCUUUGAAACAGUAACUGUGGGAUAACCGAUCCGUACGAAUAGAUUUAUAGCCGAUUUGGUUGGAAAUUGACAUUGGAUCUACAUGGAUAGUGGUGACAUUUAGUGUUCUGGUUUGUUGGAUAAAGUUCCGGGGUAGUUUGGUUAUUCUGAGUUGUUUCAUACAAUUAGAACAUCCGAAAGACUUGAUCUCUUCAAGUGUUACAGUGUGAAAGGGAUUGCACCCCAUUCCAUUGUCUUCACUGUUUCUUAUUGAGCUUGACGGUUAAUUGUCAACAGACAAUUCACUUUGUAUUUUCAAGUCUUACAGUGUGAAAGGGAUUCCACCCCAUUCCACUGUGUGUUCACAACCAUAAACUAUUUUUUUAGAGGCCUUGGUAGAAUUAUAUUGCCAAUUAUAUGUUAUAUCCUUUAAAUUUACUGUGAUUUUAUAAUUUAGUUAUAUUUGAAACGAAACUAUUUGUAUCUUUGAAGCAGUAACUCAGGGAUAACCGAUCCGUGCGUAUCCAUGUAUGGCCGAUUAGGUUGGGUUGUAAAUUGACAUUGAAUCUACACGGAUAGUGGUGACAUUUGGUGUUCUGAUGUGUUGGAUAAAGUUCUGGGUUAGUUUGGUUACUCUGAGUUGUUUCAUACAAUUAUAACAUCCGAAAGACUUGAUCUCUUUAAGUGUUACAGUGUGAAAGGGAUUGCACCCCAUUCCACUGUCUUCACUGUUUCUUAUUGAGUUUGACAGUAAUUGUCAACAAACAAUUUACUUGGUAUUUUCAAGUCUUACAGUGUGAAAGGGAUUCCACCCCAUUCCACUGUGUGUUGACAACCAUCAACGAAUUUUUUAGAGGCCUUGAUAGAAUUCUAUUGCCAAUUCUAUGUUCUAUCCUUUAAAUUUACUAUGAAAUUAUAAUUUAAUUAUAUUCGAAUUGAAACUUCUUGUCUCUUUGAAACAGUAACUGUGGGAUAACCGAUCCGUACGAAUAGAUGUAUAGCCGAUUUGGUUGGAAAUUGACAUUGGAUCUACACGGAUAGUGGUGACAUUUAGUGUUCUGGUUUGUUGGAUAAAGUUCUGGGUUAGUUUGGUUACUCUGAGUUGUUUCAUACAAUUAUAACAUCCGAAAGACUUGAUCUCUUUAAGUGUUACAGUGUGAAAGGGAUUGCACCCCAUUCCACUGUCUUCACUGUUUCUUAUUGAGUUUGACAGUAAUUGUCAACAAACAAUUUACUUGGUAUUUUCAAGUCUUACAGUGUGAAAGGGAGUGCACCCCAUUCCACUGUGUCUUCACAACCAUCAACUAAUUUUUUAGAGGCCUUGGUAGAAUUCUAUUGCCAAUUCUAUGUUCUAUGCUUUAAAUUUACUAUGAAAUUAUAAUUUAAUUAUAUUCGAAUUGAAACUUCUUGUCUCUUUGAAACAGUAACUGUGGGAUAACCGAUCCGUACGAAUAGAUGUAUAGCCGAUUUGGUUGGAAAUUGACAUUGGAUCUACACGGAUAGUGGUGACAUUUAGUGUUCUGGUUUGUUGGAUAAAGUUCUGGGUUAGUUUGGUUACUCUGAGUUGUUUCAUACAAUUAUAACAUCCGAAAGACUUGAUCUCUUUAAGUGUUACAGUGUGAAAGGGAUUGCACCCCAUUCCACUGUCUUCACUGUUUCUUAUUGAGUUUGACAGUAAUUGUCAACAAACAAUUUACUUGGUAUUUUCAAGUCUUACAGUGUGAAAGGGAUUCCACCCCAUUCCACUGUGUGUUGACAACCAUCAACGAAUUUUUUAGAGGCCUUGAUAGAAUUCUAUUGCCAAUUCUAUGUUAUAUCCUUUAAACAUCCUAUGUUAUAUCCUUUAUUUACUAUGAUUUCAUAAUUUAAUUAUAUUCGAAUUGAAACUUCUUGUCUCUUUGAAGCAGUAACUGUGGGAUAACCGAUCCGUACGAAUAGAUGUAUAGCCGAUUUGGUUGGAAAUUGACAUUGGAUCUACACGGAUAAUGGUGAUUCUGGUGUGUCGGAUAAAGCUCUAGGUUAGUUGAGUUACUCUGGGUUGUCUCAUAAAAUUAUAGUAUUAUCCAAAAGACUUAAUCUUUUUUAAGUGUUACAGUGUGAAAGGGAUUUCACCCCAUUCCACUGUCUUCACUGUCUCUUAUUGAGUUUGACAGUUAAUUGUCAACAGACAAUUUACAUGGUAUUUUCAAGUCUUACAAUGUGAAAGGGAUUGCACCUUCGACUCCACUGUGUGUUCACAACCAUCAACUAAAUUUUUGGAGGCCUUGAUAGAAUUAUAUUGCCAAUUCUCUGAUCUAGCCUUUAAAUUUACUAUGAUUUUAUAAUUUAGUUAUACAUAUUUUAUUUGAAUUGAAACUAUUUGUGCCUUUGAAGCAGUAACGCAAGGAUAACCGAUCCGUACGAAUCCAUGUAUAGCGAGUUAGGUUUGCCCUUUUGCCUCAGUCUUCAUCGAGACAAGCUUGUAUAAGCUCCAAGCGACUAUUAGGUCUUAUAGGUUCAAUCGGAGCUUUAUUUUGCCAAGAAGAAUGUCAGGUAUUUUGCCAACGAAACUGUUUAAGACUCUCACUGUUGCUAUUCGUUAUUUGAUUUUGAUUUUGCCAAGGAAUAUGUCCAGUAUUGUUAACAUUUUUAAUUUGACUUUUCCAGUCUAAAAGCGUAUUAUCCUCACUAUUAGCAGUAGUGGUUUGAUUUUGAUUUGGCAAAUGUAAGUGUCCAAUAUUGUGACUGUUUAUAUUGAUAAUAAGAUUUUGAUUUUUUCGAUGUAAAUCCUCAGUACUAUGACACUCUGCAUGUCUUUUUUAUCGUUUUGUGCUGCCUGUUUGCAGUUUUUGUAACUGCAGUAAUGUUUGCAAUGUUGGGGACACCAUCUACGGAUAUUCUCCUCCUGUCAAGUCCCCUACUGCUACUGGUACUGGUAUUUUGAUUUGGAGAAAUAUUAGAUUGAAUAUUUUUAGCACUGGCAGUUUGAUAAUUUUUAAUAUUAAUUGUAUCGGUUGGGAUGGAAAUUGACAUGGGAUCUACACGGAUAAUGGUGACAUUUGUUAUUCUGGUGUGUUGGAUAAAGUUCUGGGUUUGUUUGGUUACUCUGAGUUGAUUCAUAAAAUUAUAGCAUUAUUCAAAAUACCAAAAUUCUUUUUAAGUGUUACAGUGUGAAAGGGAUUACACCCCAUUCCACUGUCUUCACUGUUUCUUAUUGAGUUUGACAGUAAUUGUCAACAAACAAUUUACUUGGUAUUUUCAAGUCUUACAGUGUGAAAGGGAUUGCACCCCAUUCCACUGUGUGUUCACAACCAUCAACUAAUUUUUUAGAGGCCUUGAUAGAAUUCUAUUGCCAAUUCUCUGUUCUAUCCUUUAAAUAUACUAUGAUUUCAUAAUUUAAUUAUAUUCGAAUUGAAACUUCUUGUCUCUUUGAAGCAGUAACUGUGGGAUAACCGAUCCGUACGAAUAGAUGUAUAGCCGAUUUGGUUGGAAAUUGACAUUGGAUCUACAUGGAUAGUGGUGACAUUUAGUGUUCUGGUUUGUUAGAUAAAGUUCUGGGUUAGUUGCCUUCUUCCUUAUUCUACGAGAUUUAAGGGCAUGCUGAACAAUGGCAAACACAGAUUGCAUGUGUGGCACUAGAAUCUCACAUGGAGUUAGUGUAUAUUCUCCCUUGUCUGAAGUGAGUAGACAUAUUCAAGUUCUUGUUUUUAAAGGAAUAUACGCUUUCUGUUUUUGAAGAAGUAACUCAGGGAUAACUGAUCCGUCCGUAUCCAUGUAUAGCCGAUUAGGUUGGGUUGGAAAUUGACAUUGGAUCUACACGGAUAAUGGUGACAUUUCGUGUUCUGGUGUGUCGGAUAAAGUUUUAGGUUAGUUGAGUUACUCUGGGUUGCUUCAUAAAAUUAUAGUAUUAUCCAAAAGACUUGAUCUUUUUUAAGUGUUACAGUGUGAAAGGGAUUGCACCCCAUUCCACUGUCUUCACUGUCUCUUAUUGAGUUUGACAGUUAAUUGUCAAUAGACAAUUUUCUUGGUAUUUUCAAGUCUUACAGUGUGAAAGGGAUUGCACCCUAUUCCACUGUGUGUUCACAAAUAUCAACUAAUUUUUUGGAGGCCUUGAUAGAAUUAUAUUGCCAAUUCUCUGUUCUAUCCUUUAAAUUUACUAUGAUUUUAUAAUUUAGUUAUACAUAUUUUAUUUGAAUUGUAACUAUUUGUGCCAUUGAAGCAGUAACGCAAAGAUAACCGAUCCGUACGAAUCCAUGUAUAGCGAGUUAGGUUUGCCCUUUUGCCUCAGUCUUCAUCGAGACAAGCUUGUAUAAGCUCCAAGCGACUAUUAGGUCUUAUAGGUUCAAUCGGAGCUUUAUUUUGCCAAGAAGAAUGUCGGGUAUUUUGCAAACGAAACUGUUUAAGACUCUCACUGUUGCUAUUCGCUAUUUGAUUUUGAUUUUGCCAAGGAAUAUGUCCAGUAUUGUCAACAUUUUUAAUUUGACUUUUCCAAUCUAAAAGCGUAUUAUCCUCAAUAUUAGCAGUAGUAGUUUGAUUUUGAUUUGGCAAAUGUAAGUGUCCAAUAUUGUCACUGUUUAUAUUGAUAAUAUGAUUUUGAUUUUUUCGAUGUAAAUCCUCGGUACUAUGACACUCUGCAUGUCUUUUUUUAUCGUUUUGUGCUGCCUGUUUGCAGUUUUUGUAACUGCAGUAAUGUUUUGCUAUGGUGGGGACACCAUCUACGGAUAUUCUCCUCCUGUCAAGUCCCCUACUGCUACUGGUACUCGUAUUUUGAUUUGGAGAAAUAUUAGAUUGAAUAUUUUUAGCACUGGCAGUUUGAUUAUUUUUAAUAUGAGUUGUAUCGGUUGGAAUAGAAAUUGACAUGGGAUCUACACGGAUAAUGGUGACAUUUGGUAUUCGUGUGUGGGAUAAAGCUUUGGGUUAAUUCGGUGACUCUGGGUUGUUUCAUAAAUAUUAUUCAGAAGACUUUGAUCUCUUUAAGUGUUACAGUGUGAAAGGGAUUGCACCCCAUUCCACUGUCUUCACUGUUUCUUAUUGAGCUUGACGGAUAAUUGUCAACAGACAAUUUACUUGGUAUUUUCAAGUCUUACAGUGUGAAAGGGAUUCCACCCCAUUCCACUGUGUGUUCACAACCAUAAACUAUUUUUUUAGAGGCCUUGGUAGAAUUAUAUUGCCAAUUAUAUGUUAUAUCCUUUAAAUUUACUAUGAUUUUAUAAUUUAGUUAUAUUUGAAACGAAACUAUUUGUAUCUUUGAAGCAGUAACUCAGGGAUAACCGAUCCGUACGUAUCCAUGUAUGGCCGAUUAGGUUGGGUUGUAAAUUGACAUUGAAUCUACACGGAUAGUGGUGACAUUUGGUGUUCUGAUGUGUUGGAUAAAGUUCUGGGUUAGUUUGGUUACUCUGAGUUGUUUCAUACAAUUAUAACAUCCGAAAGACUUGAUCUCUUUAAGUGUUACAGUGUGAAAGGGAUUGCACCCCAUUCCACUGUCUUCACUGUUUCUUAUUGAGUUUGACAGUAAUUGUCAACAAACAAUUUACUUGGUAUUUUCAAGUCUUACAGUGUGAAAGGGAUUGCACCCCAUUCCACUGUGUCUUCACAACCAUCAACUAAUCUUUUAGAGGCCUUGGUAGAAUUCUAUUGCCAAUUCUAUGUUAUAUCCUUUAAAUUUACUAUGAUUUUAUAAUUUAGUUAUAUUCGAAUUGAAACUUCUUGUCUCUUUGAAGAAGUAACUGUGGGAUAACCGAUCCGUACGAAUAGAUAUAUAGCCGAUUUGGUUGGAAAUUGACAUUGGAUCUACAUGGAUAGUGGUGAAUUUAGUGUUCUGGUUUGUUGGAUAAAGUUCCGGGGUAGUUUGGUUAUUCUGAGUUGUCUCAUACAAUUAGAACAUCCGAAAGACUUGAUCUCUUGAAGUGUUACAGUGUGAAAGGGAUUGCACCCCAUUCCAUUGUCUUCACUCUUUCUUAUUGAGCUUGACGGUUAAUUGUCAACAGACAAUUUACUUGGUAUUUUCAAGUCUUACAGUGUGAAAGGGAUUCCACCCCAUUCCACUGUGUGUUCACAACCAUCAACGAAUUUUUUAGAGGCCUUGAUAGAAUUCUAUUGCCAAUUCUAUGUUAUAUCCUUUAAAUUUACUAUGAUUUCAUAAUUUAAUUAUAUUCGAAUUGAAACUUCUUGUCUCUUUGAAGCAGUGACUGUGGGAUAACCGAUCCGUACGAAUAGAUGUAUAGCCGAUUUGGUUGGAAAUUGACAUUGGAUCUACGCGGAUAAUGGUGACAUUUGGUGUUCUGGUGUGUCGGAUAAAGUUCUAGGUUAGUUGAGUUACUCUGGGUUGUCUCAUAAAAUUAUAGUAUUAUCCAAAAGACUUGAUCUUUUUUAAGUGUUACAGUGUGAAAGGGAUUGCACCCCAUUCCACUGUGUGUUCACAACCAUCAACUAAUUUUUUGGAGGCCUUGAUAGAAUUAUAUUGCCAAUUCUCUGAUCUAGCCUUUAAAUGUACUAUGAUUUUAUAAUUUAGUUAUACAUAUUUUAUUUCAAUUGAAACUAUUUGUGCCUUUGAAGCAGUAACGCAAGGAUAACCGAUCCGUACGAAUCCAUGUAUAGCGAGUUAGGUUUGCCCUUUUGCCUCAGUCUUCAUCGAGACAAGCUUGUAUAAGCUCCAAGCGACUAUUAGGUCUUAUAAGUUCAAUCGGAGCUUUAUUUUGCCAAGAAGAAUGUUAGGUAUUUUGCAAACAAAACUGUUUAAGACUCUCACUGUUGCUAUUCGUUAUUUGAUUUUGAUUUUGCCAAGGAAUAUGUCCAGUAUUUUCAACAUUUUUAAUUUGACUUUUCCAAUCUAAAAGCGUAUUAUCCUCACUAUUAGCAGUAGUAGUUUGAUUUUGAUUUGGCAAAUGUAAGUGUCCAAUAUUGUCACUGUUUAUAUUGAUAAUAUGAUUUUGAUUUUUUCAAUGUAAAUCCUCAGUACUAUGACACUCUGCAUGUCUUUUUUUAUCGUUUUUUGCUGCCUGUUUGCAGUUUUUGUAACUGCAGUAAUGUUUGCUGUGGUGGGGACACCAUCUACGGAUAUUCUCCUCCUGUCAAGUCCCCUACUGCUACUGGUACUGGUAUUUUGAUUUGGAGAAAUAUUAGAUUGAAUAUUUUUAGCACUGGCAGUUUGAUUAUUUUUAAUAUGAGUUGUAUCGGUUGGGAUAGAAAUUGACAUGGGAUCUACACGGAUAAUGGUGACAUUUGGUAUUCGUGUGUGGGAUAAAGCUUUGGGUUAAUUCGGUGACUCAGGGUUGUUUCAUAAAUAUUAUUCAGAAGACUUUGAUCUCUGUAAGUGUUACAGUGUGAAAGGGAUUGCACCCCAUUCCACUGUCUUCACUGUUUCUUAUUGAGCUUGGCGGAUAAUCGUCAACAGACAAUUUACUUGGUAUUUUCAAGUCUUACAGUGUGAAAGGGAUUCCACCCCAUUCCACUGUGUCUUCACAACCAUCAACUAAUUUUUUAGAAGCCUUGGUAAAAUUCUAUUGCCAAUUCUAUGUUAUAUCCUUUAAAUUUACUAUGAUUUUAUAAUUUAGUUAUAUUUGAAACGAAAAUAUUUGUAUCUUUGAAGCAAUAAAGCAGGGAUAACCGAUCCGUACGAAUAGAUGUAUAGCCGAUUAGGUUGGAAAUUGACAUUGGAUUUACAUGUACAGUGGUGACAUUUAGUGUUCUGGUGUGUUCUGGGUUAGUUUUGUUACUCUGAGUUGUUUCAUACAAUUAGAACAUCCGAAAGACUUGAUCUCUUUAAGUGUUACAGUGUGAAAGGGAUUGCACCCCAUUCCAUUGUCUUCACUGUUUCUUAUUGAGCUUGUCGGUUAAUUGUCAACAGACAAUUUACUUAGUAUUUUCAAGUCUUACAGUGUGAAAGGGAUUCCACCCCAUUCCACUGUGUGUUCACAACCAUAAACUAUUUUUUUAGAGGCCUUGGUAGAAUUCUAUUGCCAAUUAUAUGUUAUAUCCUUUAAAUUUACUAUGAUUUUAUAAUUUAAUUAUAUUCGAAUUGAAACUUCUUGUCUCUUUGAAGCAGUAACUGUGGGAUAACCGAUCCGUACGAAUAUAUGUAUAGCCGAUUUGGUUGGAAAUUGACAUUGGAUCUACACGGAUAGUGGUGACAUUUAGUGUUAUGGUGUGUCGGAUAAAGUUCUGGGUUAGUUUGGUUACUCCGAGUUGUUUCAUGCAAUUAUAACAUCCGAAAGACUUGAUCUCUUUAAGUGUUACGGUGUGAAAUGGAUUGCACCCCAUUCCACUGUCUUCACUGUUUUUAAUUGAGUUUCACGGUUAAUUGUCAACAGAAAAUUUACUUGGUAUUUUCAAGUCUUACAGUGUGAAAGGGAUUCCACCCCAUUCCACUGUGUGUUCACAACCAUCAACUAAUUUUUUAGAGGCCUUGAUAGAAUUCUAUUGCCAAUUUUAUGUUAUAUCCUUUAAAUUUACUAUGAUUUCAUAAUUUAAUUAUAUUCGAAUUGAAACUUCUUGUCUCUUUGAACCAGUAACUGUGGGAUAACCGAUCCGUACGAAUAGAUGUAUAGCCGAUUUGGUUGGAAAUUGACAUUGGAUCUACACGGAUAAUGGUGACAUUUGGUGUUCUGGUGUGUCGGAUAAAGUUCUAGGUUAGUUGAGUUACUCUGGGUUGUUUCAUAAAAUUAUAGUAUUAUCCAAAAGACUUGAUCUUUUUUAAGUGUUACAGUGUGAAAGGGAUUGCACCCCAUUCCACUGUCUUCACUGUCUCUUAUUGAGUUUGACAGUUAAUUGUCAACAGACAAUUUACUUGGUAUUUUCAAGUCUUACAGUGUGAAAGGGAUUGCACCCGAUUCCACUGUGUGUUCACAACCAUCAACUAAUUUUUUGGAGGCCUUGAUAGAAAUUUACCAUGAUUUUAUAAUUUAGUUAUACAUAUUUUAUUUGAAUUGAAACUAUUUGUGCCAUUGAAGCAGUAACGCAAGGAUAACCGAUCCGUACGAAUCCAUGUAUAGCGAGUUAGGUUUGCCCUUUUGCCUCAGUCUUCAUCGAGACAAGCUUGUAUAAGCUCCAAGCGACUAUUAGUUCUUAUAGGUUCAAUCGGAGCUUUAUUUUGCCAAGAAGAAUGUCAGGUAUUUUGCAAACGAAACUGUUUAAGACUCUCACUGUUGCUAUUCGCUAUUUGAUUUUGAUUUUGCCAAGGAAUAUGUCCAGUAUUGUCAACAUUUUUAAUUUGACUUUUCCAAUCUAAAAGCGUAUUAUCCUCACUAUUAGCAGUAGUAGUUUGAUUUUUAUUUGGCAAAUGUAAGUGUCCAAUAUUGUCACUGUUUAUAUUGAUAAUAUGAUUUUGAUUUUUUCGAUGUAAAUCCUCAGUACUAUGACACUCUGCAUGUCUUUUUUUAUCGUUUUGUGCUGCCUGUUUGCAGUUUUUGUAACUGCAGUAAUGUUUUGCUAUGGUGGGGACACCAUCUACGGAUAUUCUCCUCCUGUCAAGUCCCCUACUGCUACUGGUACUGGUAUUUUGAUUUGGAGAAAUAUUAGAUUGAAUAUUUUUAGCACUGGCAGUUUGAUUAUUUUUAAUAUGAGUUGUAUCGGUUGGGAUAGAAAUUGACAUGGGAUCUACACGGAUAAUGGUGACAUUUGGUAUUCGUGUGUGGGAUAAAGCUUUGGGUUAAUUCGGUGACUCAGGGUUGUAAAUAUUAUUCAGAAGACUUUGAUCUCUUUAAGUGUUACAGUGUGAAAGGGAUUGCACCCCAUUCCACUGUCUUCACUGUUUCUUAUUGAGCUUGACGGAUAAUUGUCAACAGACAAUUUACUUGGUAUUUUCAAGUCUUACAGUGUGAAAGGGAUUCCACCCCAUUCCACUGUGUCUUCACAACCAUCAACUAAUUUUUUAGAAGCCUUGGUAAAAUUCUAUUGCCAAUUCUAUGUUAUAUCCUUUAAAUUUACUAUGAUUUUAUAAUUUAGUUAUAUUUGAAACGAAACUAUUUGUAUCUUUGAAGCAGUAACGCAGGGAUAACCGAUCCGUACGAAUAGAUGUACAUAUAGCCGAUUAGGUUGGAAAUUGACAUUGGAUUUACAUGUAUAGUGGUGACAUUUAGUGUUCUGGUAUGUGCUGGGUUAGUUUGGUUACUCUGAGUUGUUUCAUACAAUUAUAACAUCCGAAAGACUUGAUCUCUUCAAGUGUUACAGUGUGAAAGGGAUUGCACCCCAUUCCAUUGUCUUCACUGUUUCUUAUUGAGCUUGACGGUUAAUUGUCAACAGACAAUUUACUUAGUAUUUUCAAGUCUUACAGUGUGAAAGGGAUUCCACCCCAUUCCACUGUGUGUUCACAACCAUCAACUAAUUUUUUAGAGGCCUUGGUAGAAUUCUAUUGCCAAUUCUAUGUUAUAUCCUUUAAAUUUACUAUGAUUUUAUAAUUUAAAUAUAUUCGAAUUGAAACUAUUUGUAUCUUUGAAGCAGUAACGCAGGGAUAACCGAUUCGUACGUAUCCAUGUAUGGCCGAUUAGGUUGGGUUGUAAAUUGACAUUGGAUCUACACGGAUGGUGGUGACAUUUGGUGUGUUGGAUAAAGUUCUGGGUUAGUUUGGUUACUCUGAGUUGUUUCAUACAAUUAUAACAUCCGAAAGACUUGAUCUCUUUAAGUGUUACAGUGUGAAAGGGAUUGCACCCCAUUCCACUGUCUUCACUGUUUCUUAUUGAGUUUGACAGUAAUUGUCAACAAACAAUUUACUUGGUAUUUUCAAGUCUUACAGUGUGAAAGGGAUUGCACCCUAUUCCACUGUAUCUUCACAACCAUCAACUAAUUUUUUAUAUGCCUUGAUAGAAUUCUAUUGCCAAUUCUCUGUACUAUCCUUUAAACUUAUGAUUUCAUAAUUUAAUUAUAUUCGAAUUGAAACUAUUUCUCUUUAAAGCAGUAACUCAGGGAUAACAAAUCUGUACGAAUCCAUGUAUAGAAGAUUAGAUUAGAAACUGAUAUCGGAUCUACAUGGAAAAUGGGGAUAUUUGUUGUAAAACCUUGAACAAUUUUCAAAUGUUGAACAGAGUUCUAGGUUAGUGUGUUUACUUUUUUUUGCAGUACUAUUUCUUAGUUACUGAAUUUCGUACUUUUUUGGUUACCGUUUUAACUAUGAUCGCUAUACCAAUAUGUAUUAUUAGUUGAUUCAUUUGAAUUCUUGAUAUGUUGAUUUAUGUCAGAAUUUUGGUACAAUAGUACUGAAUUUCAUCCUUUAUAACCCUUCUAGGAGUUAGUAGUGUUAGCUUUGAUUCUCAACACUUAUACCAGUUUAUAUUUAGAUUAUUUAAAGUGCUACGACAAGAAAACACAGAAUUUAAAGUUGAUUUAAGUGUUCCCAGGAAAGAAAUUUAAUCAAGAUACCAGUACUGCCUGUCAGGUGUGAUAAUAGACUGCUCAAUGCAUACUAAUCUAUUUGAUUCACCACAGUACAGUAAGAUUAAAUACUGGUUUAUGCUUGAUCUAUCUUCGUCUUUAACCAUUAGUAUGCCAUCACUUUUAGAGUUUUUUGACAGUUACUUCCCGACGGUACGUUCAAGUCCGACUUAUUUUUUCGCUCAUAACUUUUUAAAAUAACCCAAAAGCAUACUAUAGAGUACCUAUAAAUGUUAUUGUGUAUUUAACACGAAAUGCUUUGAAUAACAUUUGAAGUAUUAAACAUGAGCUGAUAAGUAAUAAAUGAUAUUUAACGGAACAUUCUUAAAAAAAUCUACUUCAGCACUUGGGAUAUAAGGAUACCUGAGUUUGUUGGUAUGUACUUAAAAGUACCGUCGGUAGACUAAGGGUUAAACCUUUUUUUCUUAUGUUACACAGAGGUAUGCGCUUUUUUUAAUGAGUUAAGUUGAUUAGGCUUUUUGGCAGUAGACAGGAAUAUCUGGAACCAACAAGGUCAGACCGAUCGAAUACUUUGGUUACGCGACGUUGUCAAAUCAAUCGGGUUCAAAGGUUUUUCGAUUUUUUAUUUGUUACCUGUUUCCCAGUAACUUUUCUUUCUGCUUACUCCUGCUAAAUUUUAAAACAUUGUGUAUAAUUUCACGAGCUUGUACAUUAUUUUUUUACGGCACUUUAUUCAUGUUUAUUAAAAAACUAUUUCCGUCGACCGUCCAUUUAUGAUCAAUUUUAACACCCUCAAAAUCAUUGAUUAAUGACCCCUAUUAAUGAAUGAUUUUCUAUUAAUGAACGAUUUCAUUAUAGGCAACACAACAUACAUUGCUUGCAUAAAUUAAUUAAACGCUGUGAUUGGCAGUGACCUGUGGUGUAGGCAACCAAACAUAUACCUAUUUAUAUUCCCACUAAAAAAUUUAAAAUCAAGUAGCCGCUGUCGCUGUAGUUUCAAGUUAAUGAAAGCUGAAAAAAUUGUUGUUUAUCGUUAAGUAAAUAAAAAUUUAAACUAAGAUAUCUUUAUUUCUGAAAAGUACGGUCGACGGAAAAGUUUUGUAACGAACUCGUGAAUUAAAAUGGCGAUUAACAAUCUCGAACAUUAACGCGCUCGAUCCGCUCACGCGUUAAAAUAUCUCAAUUGUUAAUCGCCCUUAUUAAUACACUUGUUGGUUAAAUAACUAUUAAAUGUAUUCUAAAUAAACUACUAUUCAACGAUUUUAUCUGCCAUUGCCGCAAAACCACUGAUUUGGUGCACAAUGCAUUUUAAAUGGAUGGUUACUCUGCACAAACGCGUUCAACUGAGGUCCCCUCUCCUUGAUUUGCUACCAAAGUGACCUUCGCGCUUUCAGAUGUUUCUGUACCAUUGUACAGAAAUAUAUUGUUUAAAUUAUUUGCUUUGUUUAAUUUUUCUUUCAAAUGUGAGUGUAAAGAAUAAUCUGGAUAAAUAGUAUCGUCCUUUAUAAGCCCAACACUAAAUAGUAGCUUCUUAUUUCUAAUACCCAUACAGCUCCAACUGAACUAACUGCAUUAUAGUUGUUUAUUCGUUUAUUCGGUGAAUGUGAAAAGCAUACCAAAGACUGUUGGUUGGCUUGAAAGAAUAUUUCAUUUUAAGUCAUACAAUAAAAAAGACAUGAACAAAUGUUAUUUUGAUAAAUUAUCUGUAUUUCACCUAAUAUUUAUUCUGAUACAUUUUUCAUACCUAACCACCAGUUUGAAAUAAAUGUAAUUGACACAUUAUUACCUGCUGUGCCACCAUAAAGACAGGAAUAAAUCAUGUACAUAUCAUCCAAGUUAAACAAAUAUCCACUUUUCUUGUAACAUAAACCAUUCUUAAUCCUUCGGUAUGGACAUGUCAAAAUUUAUGUAUGAAUAUUACAUAAUGGGUUUAGCACACAGAAAAUUAACAAACCUUUCAAAGCUCUAGUGUUUACCCAGUUAUUAAAGCCACAAUCAUGUUAAUAGAUUUUAGAUGCCUCUUGAACAUAAUUAUUCCGAUGGUAUUUUUUAUGUUCAAUAAGUAAAUUAUGCUUAAAUUCUCUAUAAUUUGAUUAUAUAACUAAUAUUCUUUAUAUAUUGUUGUUUGGUAGGUCCGUAUUCAUUUGGUGAGACUAUACACAUGAUACAGCGCUGCUGUCUAUACUAAAAUACACACACUAAAGAUACACUAGAAAUAAAAAAAAACAGUGCAUCUUUAUUGUGAUUCUAGUAUAAAUAUAAAUUGGAGUAGAGAUUAGCUUCAACUAUUUUUAUAUUUAUACAAUGCGAACCUUUAACUAUUUUAUUCUUUCUUUAUUCUCUUCUUUAUUUAUUUAUUCUCUGAUACACUAUACCAGACAGAAAAAGAUUAAUUAUCCACUAUUCAGUGAGCACGUAAAGGUUGGAAUAAAUUCAUUUUCUCGAGAAUGGACGAUUUUGGAAAAAAAUCUUGAAACAGGUCAAUUUUUAUUUUUAAAGUACGACUUUUUGGCAUAUAUUAUAUUAUAUUAGUGACGUCACCCAUCUGGGCCUGAUGACGUUUUCGAUGAUUUUUUAAACGAAAAUAGGGAUCGUGUGAUAUCUCAUUUGAAAGGUAAUUCAAUUCUCUAUUCAGUAAUAAAAACAUUAACAUAAUUAUUUGUACAGGGUGUCCAAAAAAAAUUUUUUUGAAUUAAAUUUAUUGACAUAAAAAGAAGAAAGUGUGUAAUUUAUUUAAUUCAAAAUGCAUUUAACUGCUAUUAGAAAACAGUAAAAAAUGUUUAUUUGGCAAAUAAAUAUUGUUUUUUUGCUUAAAUUCAAUAUUAAAGCAGCCACCCACCAGCCUCGUGACAGUUUGACCAUUUAAUUUAAGCAAAAAGCCAUGAUUAUUUUUCAAAUAAAUAUUUUUUCGGUAUUCUGAGAGCAGUAAAAUGUAUUUUGAAUUAAAUAAAUUACAUAGUCUUCUUUUUAUGUCAAGAAAUUUAAUAAAAAAAAAAUUUUUUAGACACUGUAUAAAUAAUUAUGUUAAUGUUUAUAUUACUGAAUAGAGAAUUGAAUUAUCUUUCAAAUGAGCUAUUAUAUGACCCCUAUUCUCAUUAAAAAAAAUAAUCGAUGACGUCAUCACGCUCAGAUGGGUGACGUCACUAGUAUGAUAUAUAUGCCAAAAAGUCGUAAUUUAAUAAUAAAAAUUGACCUGUUUCGGGAUUUUUUCCAAAAUCGUCCAUUCUCGAGAAAAUGAAUUUAUUCCAACCUUUACGUGCUCACUGUAUAUGUGUCCUUUGUAUAAUUAAAUUCUUCGAUAUAUCAUUAAGGAUUACUUUUUAUGGUGUUGAAACUAUUUUUUUGACAUUCCAAUAUUUUAUACUCUAUUUAAAGGCAAUAAACCACAAUUUUAUUUGAAAAUACAUUAUGUUUGAUCUUAAGAUUUCUACCUCGGAUAUAACUCCAAAAUACAAAUUAUUACUUGGAAGUCAAAACAAAUUUUCUAAUAGUUUAAUUUUAAUUGCUUCAUUCAAAUAUAAAGUAAUAAGAGAUACGUCAAAUAUAUCGUAUUUUUCAUUAAAAUUGUGGUUUAUUCCAACUGAAUAAAGUAUAUGUGAUUACUUCUGUUGUCUAAACAUUUGAAAUGAUAACGCUUUUUGUGUAUUUCUCGUAUCUUUGUUUUCUAUUUAUAUAUAAUUUAUACAUAUUGUUCAUUUCUUAUUAAAAAUAGAAACUAUUAUAGAGGAUUCCGAAGAAAACAAUAUACAGUGUGCCUGAUACUACAUCUGAACAAGAAAGUAUGAGGUUGGUUAAAAAAGGUGCUUUGUGAUAAAAAUUUAUUUAUUCGUCAAUAUCUACUUUGGUUUAGACACGCACUUUUAGAGCUUUCCUAGUCACGCAGUAUUUAUCUCUUCAAUCAUGGCAAAACCAUCUCCCUUUUAGAGAUGUAUUGUGGUCCAUCAUUAAGCUUCAGCACCUCGGAUAGUUUGAUUAAUAAUAUUUCUCCACUGGUCGCAGUCAUCUGUUACAUGUACUGCCACCGUAUACUGUUUUUUAAGAGUCUGCCCAUUGCUGUGGAGGUCUGCCGCGUUGGCGUUGACUCUGAGGCCUUCCACCAACCACCAACCGCUCCAUUUUGUGAUAGCUUCGAUGCAUAUGACCAAAGAACUUUGAUAUUUCAGAGUAAACAGUACUAGAGAGACGUUGAUUGGGUUUAUUUUCACCUAGAACAGAGAUAUUCGUGCGACAAGCAUUCCAUGGAAUUCGAAGCAGUCGUCUCCAUGUCCACAUUUCAAAAGAGUCAAUCCGUCGUCUAUCUGAUUGAUCGACUGUCCAUUUCCGGCCCAGGAAAGGACCAGAGUUGAAAAGAGUAUCUUCUUGUUUGUCAUAGUAAUGUGACGAUCAAGUCAUACUCCUUUAAUUCAGUCAUUGCUGAUCUAGCUAGUUUUAUGCGUCUUCGAAUUUCAGAUUCACAACUGCCUGUGUUAUUAUUUAAAGUCUAGAUCUCCAAGAUAUAUCUUAGAGAAGACUACCUCGUACCCCGCAAUAGUUCAAAUAGUUUCAUAAUGUUGUUGGCGAUCAAUAUCCAUGAUUUUUGUUUUGUUGUAGUUAACCAUGAGUCCACUUAGCACUUUCUACAUCGAGUUAUGUGAAUAAGUUAGAAAUUUCUUCAGCAGAGGCUAGAAGGAUAGUGUCGUCUGCGAAACGCAAGUUAGAUAUCUUGACACCGCCUAGGUUUAUUCCGCAACCAUCCAAAACUCUGCACAUUAUGAACUCUAUAUAGAUGUUAAAUAAUAAGGGAGUUAAAGUGCUCUUUCACCAAAGUCCAUUCGUCAGAUAGGCAUCCGUCCAUUCAAUAGCACAAACUCGACAAGCACACCAAAACACAUCUAACUCUUAUAAAUGUUAAAAACAAAUUGAAAAUACAAAAUGGCUGAUAAUGUCAAUAUAUCUUAAGUACAAGUGUACCAAGAUAUCUGAAAAAAAAUCGAAGGUACAUAGCUCGAAAAUUUUGCAAAGUCACCUUUUUAACACACCUCUUAUAAAUGAUUUUAAAUUUUUCCUAUACACUCUUUAUAUCAUUUUCGUAGCUUUUUCUUCUAGCACUGACCCUGGAGUUUUUCGUCUCUACAGUAUAAAUGGUAACAGACUCUAGCGUUGUAUGUAUUCAAACUUGUGGCGUUUUUCAUAUUUUUUUGGUCUUUAUUAAUUCUACGUUAGACUUCAUUCUUUCAUUCAUAAAACUCUCGUAUAUUUAUAAAACAUUAAAAUUUUGCUUGUUGUAUCCUUCAAUGUUCAAAUUUUAAUUCCACAGAGAAGAACGAUGAAUAAAUAAAAGCAAAAAGCCCAACAAAAUAGUUGGUAAAGUUUCUUGAGUCACUUUCAUAAUAUACAGGGUGAUCAAGUUUUGUGCAAUUAUAGGAGAUACCAAAAAAGUUAUAUAAAAAUAGGAAGUAUCUAUAAGCUUCACAUUUUAAAAUUGGUUACAAAUAUACAGGGUGUUCCAUAAUACUGUACUGUAUAACAUAAAACAAUUUUAUAUUCUUGUAACGAGGAAGUGAAUCAGAUGUUAAAUUGAAAAUAAAAUUCAGGGUGUUGCAUUAAAAAAUACAUGAUGCGACACAGUGUUAUGAAAGACCCUGUAUAUUUGUAACUAAUUAUAAAAUGUGAUACCUACACCUUUGUCACAAAAGUUGAACACCCUGUAUAUAGUCAAUUGAAGAGUAAUAGAAAAUUUGUAAAUUAUAACUACAAUUAACUCAACGUUUGAAUCUGGAAUGUGGAGUUCCGCGUAAAACAGGCUGUUUUGUCAAGAUUAACAACUUGUAUAAUAUAAAAUAUAAUCCUUAUAUUUAUUUGUAAGCGUAUUUAUGGAAUACACUGUAUAUAUAGAAUUUACUCGUAUACGUUAUUAUUUAGGCAAAUUUUUAUCGAUCGUUUAUAUAUAUGUAUAUUUGUACUUGUUUUGUAAACUGAACAUAUUUUAGAAUUUUUAGUUGUAAAUGUUAAAUAUGUUAUACUUUUAUUAAAUGUUCAGUUUUGAUAAUUGCGAAUGGAACAGGUAGUAGUGUGGCAGAAGAAUCAUUUUGAAUAACCUUACAGUUAUUAAAAUAUUUUUUAUAUAAAAGAAACCAAAGUAUAGCGUUUUAAAACUGUAUAUCUAUAUGAACUGGUUUUGUGUUAAAUGAAAAAUGUAGUCACAUUUGUUUAUAAUUUUUAGUAAUAACUUUUAAUGUGUAUAUAUUUAAAAACGAUGCUAUAACUUAAAAGACAAGGGUAAAAAUAUUGUAAUGUGCACUAAAUAUUAUUAAAUCAUUACAAACUAA